CCUCUCGGUAUUUAAAUUCAGAACUUCUUUGUAGCUUUCAUUCUGACAGUCAGGUCAGGUCACCGGACACAAGAUGACGACGUACACAGACAAAGGAGAAAAGCAUGAGAAGGGCAGGUUCCUCUGCUUCGAUCACUUAACAUUCUGGGUUGGAAAUGCAAAACAGGCUGCAUCGUAUUACUGUAACAAACUGGGCUUUGAGCCUUUGGCUUACCAGGGUUUGGAGACAGGCAGCCGUGAAGUGGUGUCCCAUGUGGUCAAACAAGGAAAGAUCAUUUAUGUGUUCGCAUCUGCCCUCAAUCCUGGAAACAAAGAGAUGGGAGAUCAUUUGGUCAAGCAUGGGGAUGGAGUGAAGGACAUCGCAUUUACAGUGGAGGACUGUGACCUCCUUGUGCAAAAAGCACGUGAGCGAGGUGCAGUUAUCAUAAAGGAGCCUCACACUCUGGAGGACAAGUAUGGUAAAGUCAGGCUGGCUGUGCUUCAAACGUACGGUGACACCACACACACAUUUGUGGAGAGGACGGGCUACAGUGGGUUGUUUCUGCCAGGAUUUCAUCCCCCUCUGUUCAAGGAUCCCUUUUUAGCCAAACUACCGAGUGGGAAACUGGACUUCAUUGAUCACGUUGUGGGAAACCAACCGGACAAAGAGAUGGUUCCAGUGGUGGAAUGGUACCAAAAGAACCUUCUCUUUCAUCGCUUCUGGUCAGUGGAUGACAAGCAGCUUCAGACAGAGUUCAGUGCCCUGCGCUCCAUUGUAGUGGCAAACCACGAGGAAACUGUGAAGAUGCCCAUCAAUGAGCCUGCCAUGGGAAAGAGAAAAUCUCAAAUCCAGGAGUAUGUGGAGUACUAUGGAGGGCCAGGAGUGCAGCAUAUAGCCAUGAACACAUCAGAUAUCAUCACUGCAGUUCGUAACCUGAAGGAGCGUGGGAUGGAGUUCAUGUCUGUGCCGGACACCUACUACGACCAGCUGAGGGAGAAGCUGAAACUCUCCAAGGUCAAAAUCACAGAGGACCUCAACGUCCUGCAGGAGCUGAAAGUCUUGGUGGACUACGAUGACAACGGCUAUUUGCUUCAAAUCUUCACCAAGCCAGUUCAGGAUCGCCCCACUGUGUUCUUGGAGGUCAUUCAGAGACACAACCACCAAGGCUUUGGUGCAGGAAACUUCAAAUCUCUUUUUGAAGCCAUUGAAGCCGACCAGCACGCCAGAGGAAAUCUGACCAUCCUGACACCAAACGGAGUUUCAGAGAACAUGUGAACCCAGUGUUAAGUUCAUGUUAUACUUCAGAAAAGUCUCAAUAACUAUCAGUUUACUAUGAGAAGACACUGUCUGUUGAGGGUCCUGUUUACUUCUUAGUGUUAUACUGAUAAUAUGCUACAUAGAUGCUCUGAUAUUGUCAGAUAUACAACAAGAAUGUUUAUUGAUGAUGUUACUUGAUGUUUUUGUGACUUGCAUGUUUUAUUAGAAUUAAGUGUUUGUUUUGAGUUACUUCAUUAGUGAGAAAAGUACAUCACAACUAAACAUUCAUAAUGCAAUGCUUUCUUAUUAUAAAAUAUUAACAACAACCAUUAUUAUUGAUAUAAGCUUGACUCAAGCAAAACACCAUUUAAGCUCUCAUAAAUGAAAACAAUUAACUAUACAUUUGUGAAAUCAUUUGGACAAUGAGGUCAACAGACAUUUCAUUGUAACAGAGGCCUUUAGCAUGAUAUUUAGAGUGCCCAUUCUUCCCACUCAGUUAUUGACUAUACAGUUUUGAACAGUAUUAAAAUGGCUUUUGACACAUA